AUGGACGCUGAUGAAAGUGGUGGCAAAAGAGCAAGAGGACGUGCUCGUGGAGCAAGAGCCCGUGGUAGAGGACGUGGUAGAGGUCGCGGCAGAGGCAAAAAAGCCGCUGCUGUUGUUGUAUCAAGUGACGAAGAAGUUUCGUUGGAUCAGUCCAUUGACGGUGGAUCUGGUGCCGUUGCAGAAGAUGGCGACAUUUCAACAGGUAGUGGAAAUAUUCCUCUUGAAGCUACAGAGGAUGCAGUUAUGCAGGAAUUGCCGAAAGUGGAUACAGAAACAAGCACCAAUGUGCCAAUGCAAGAAACUACCAACAAUGUUUCAGUUCCUGGCACUCAAACAGACGUGCAGAGCCAACCACCACAGCCUCCUAGUACCAUUGUUCCACAAACAAUUGACAUGGAAGCAGAUAUAUCACAAUUGGAGGCGCCAACUUUUACCACAAUAUCAAGAGGACCGCCGGAGCCAAUGUUACGUCUUAAGUGGAACCACAAGGUGAAUUUAAUUGGCGAAAAAGUAUUGAACCCCAUGAUUCAUAUCUGUGACCAAUGCGACAAGCCGAUUCUGCAUUACGGACGUAUGAUUCCGUGCAAACAUGUAUUUUGCCUGAAAUGCGCUCGCACUGAACCCAUUAAGGUGUGUCCACGUUGCAACGACAAAGUUGUACGUGUUGAACAGUCUGGCCUGGGCACGGUGUUUAUGUGCACUCACAGUGGCAGCAGAUACGGCAAUACGGGAUGCCGAAGAACAUACUUGUCGCAAAGAGACUUGCAAGCUCAUAUCAAUCACCGGCAUGUGUCCCAACCACCACCUCCGCCUCCAGCACCAGUUCCACAAACAGAGAUCAAACAAGAACUUGGUCCACAGCGAAAACUUUCUGAAUCUUCGACAGGCGUUACGCCAAUUCAAGCUCCUUCGACGCUACUUACUCAGAGAACUCAGAUGCGGUCCAGCAGUAUAGGAACCAUCAAUCCACCAGGAUCUUUGCCACCUACGAAUGUCCAAAUUCAUUCCUCAUUAACCCAAGCUAACUUGGCCCGCAUAAACAGUGCAAAUGCUCAAGACUGCCACCAAGGAAAAGUGGCCGUUCAUCAAUCACUCAAGAAAGCCCCUGGCCAAAUUAGUCACCACCAGCCCUCGGAAACCGUGGCUGAUGCUUCGUAUUACAGUAGUGUCCUCAACUCCUUCGGCAGCUCUAGCACCGGCGGUGGAGCAUCAUCGGGCAACAAUGCACCAUACGAAGCCACAUCUGGCCAGACAACUCAGAAUGUUCAGGGAUCUUGGCAACAACAGAAUCCGUACUACAGAUGA